AUGGUUGUAACAAGAGACAGAAAUGAAGAAUCUCUCCAAGUGGUUUCCAUGGAAGGGCAAGAGACUGUUGUUCAUCAUCCGUCUACAAAACAAAUAUACAGUUUCAACUUUGACUUUUCAUUCUGGUCUUUUGAUAAGGGCUCUAACUAUGCGAGCCAAGAAAAAAUAUACCGAUCCUUGGCAAUGCCUCUUCUAGAAACGGCCUUUGAAGGAUACAAUGCUUGCCUUUUUGCAUAUGGGCAGACUGGUUCUGGAAAAUCUUACACCAUGAUGGGUUUUGAUGAUGAUGAACGAGGAAUAAUACCGAGAUUCUGUCAAGAUCUUUUCCAUCAAAUAGCAGAAAAAGAAACAGAACAGAACUGGCUCCAGCUAGGAAAUAAGCACAGAGCUACUGCAGCCACUGGAAUGAAUGACAAGAGUUCUCGAUCUCACUCUGUUUUCACGUUGGUGAUGACACAAACCAAGACAGAGAUUGUGGAAAAGAAAGAAUAUGAGCACAGAAUCAUCAGUCGUGUCAAUCUGAUAGACUUAGCAGGGAGUGAACGCUGUUCUACAGGUCGAACCAGUGGAGAAAGACUGAAGGAAGGUGCAAGCAUUAACAAGUCCUUGCUAACUCUGGGGAAAGUUAUUUCUGCCCUCUCUGAGCAAAAUCAAAGCCGGAAGAAGUUAUUUGUUCCAUACCGUGACUCUGUUCUUACAUGUCUGUUGAUGGUUCAGCCCUUCAAUGUAGUUGAUGUAGAGGAGGACAAUGGGAAGAGAAAAUGA